AUGCAAGAGACGUCUUUUAAGUACACGUGGCUUACUACGACGAAUCUGGCUGCUCCGACUGUUUCCGACCGAGGCAACUCUGCCGACCGAGGCGACUCUGCCGACCGAGGCGAUUCUGCCGACCGAGCCGGCGAAAUCGAGUUCGACUAUAGGUUAUCACCAGCCAAACCAAUUUUCCAGAACUCGGCGAAUCUUCCAAUGGUUGCCAAACCCAUCUACGGUAUCGUUUCCGAUGCUGUCUACUUCUUUGGCCAGCAUCGAAUCGCUUACAUCGCAUUUGGAGAUUGUUACCUUAUCACGUCGUGGCAGUUUACGAAGCAGAAGAGGACGACAGAAUCCUCGAUUCAGACACAACAAGCCAAACGCUAUCAUGCAAUCAGCUAUGGGACAACAACAUUGCAGCCAAAGUGGCAGAAUUCACGGCGACAUUUGAGAAGCAAGCCUAAGCUUUCAACAUAAUAACUCAAAAGAGAAGGGAGUGGAGAGCUCAGAUCCGAGGAAAUGUUGAUGGUUGAGCAAGCUUUGCUCCAAGACGAGAGAAAAGCAUGUGUUGAUGUGAAAUCAGAGUUGGAUAGAGAGAUGAAGGCUCAGGAGGCGAGGUUAAGAAUGGUGGCUUUGGCUCAAGCAGGACAAGUGAAGGCAGAGUCACACCAAUCUCAUACCGAGAUGAUGGCUCGCAACCUGCUGAGAGCUAAUGCGAUUGGGAAUCAUGGAGAAGGACGUAACAUGAACCCUGAUGAGAUGAUGAUGAUGAUGAUGAUGCAUGG